AUGAAUAGCUUUUUGAAUACUAUUUCAAAAUUCGAUGGAUUCUUUGUUUCUUUCACUCCUUCAUUUGGGUUGAGAGAAUAAAGAAUAUUUUAUAAAACUGUUUGGGGUGGCAUGGCUACAAUAAUAAUUUUAACAUUUGUGUUGGUGUACUCCCUAAAUUAAUUGAUAUUAUGGGGAUCAGGUGAUAUGAUAUAUAAAGUUUCAUCUUAAUAAAAAACCAUUACCGAGGGAAGCCAUUUAGAAUAACUUUUUGUAAAAAACGAUCCAAUUUAGUUGCUCAGCCUAGAAUUCAUGAGCUCAAUAAAUCCAUUUGAGAGUAAUUAAAUGAUAAUAAUCCCACUGCUUUAUAAAGAGAUAGAAGAAGAAUUAUCUAUGGUAAUAGUUGAAGAAGAUUUCGAAAAUAUUUUAUAUGUGGAUUUGAAUAAUUAACUUAAUAAUGCUUUCAAUGUAAUUUUAGUGAAAUGCAUAGGGAAUGAGGAUUUUUUAAUUGAGGGUUAAGAGUGUGCGAGCUAAGAUUACAGUGAGGAAUUCUUCGAUUAAAUAGGUCUAAUAUCAUUGAUAACGGUUUAUAACGAAGAAUUUGAUAUUUCAACAAAAACUUAUUAACAGUAUGAAACACUUAUUGACUUACCCUUUGAUACGAUAUUAAGUAGUGAAGUACAGAUAAUAACAAAUUAUGAAGUUAUUGAAGCAAAUUAAGGAUAUCUAUUUCAAUCUUUCGAAGAAUAUAUUGUAAACAAAGGAUGCACAUCUUAGAUUUACACAUAUACUAAGGAAUAUCAUAAAAAAUUGUAUGAGAGAGAUUUAGGUAUUAAGGAAGUCAUAGGUACUAUCGCUAUAUAAAUGAACUCUUCAAUAUUUUAUGUGAGAAAUCAAUAUCCUACUAUCAGUGAGGUUUUGGCUAGCAUAGGUUCAAUAAUUUAAACAAUAUUGCUAAUCAGAUACGCUUUUUAUGCUUUGAAUAGGAAAUAAAUGAUCUCGUUCAUGAAAUCUACAAUUUUGAUUAAUUAUUAUCCUGAAUGGAAGGAAAUUAAGAAUGUGAAAGAAAAUAAUAUAAAUUCAAGUGUGUUAGAAGAUAAGAAGCUAAACAAAACAAGCAUUGAGAAAUUUGAUAAAGAUGUGAGUGAAAUGUUAAAUCUCAAAUUUGACUACAUAAACCUAAUAUAUGAAAUACAUCAAAUGUAAAAGAUAUUAUAAUUGAUUACACCAUCAGAUCUGCUGUUGAAUAUUCAUUCAAAUGAAUCCAAAUUAUAAAUCUAAAAAGAUGAAAAUUCCAAUCAGUUUAGUAUUAAGAAUGCAUGGUCUUCAUUUGAGGAUUAUUCAGAUACUAUUUAUUAGAACCAUUUCGAUCCAUUUUUAUUUAGUUAUUAUUGGAAAUCCAAGAAAAAGAAUGGUAGUUUAUAUAAAAUACCAUCAAAUGAAAAUGAACAAAUACCAAAAUAGCUUAAACCCACUUAAAUAUAGGAAAAUGCAGAUUAAGUUGUUGAUGAAUUAAGAAACUAGGAUAGUAAAAUACACAUUGACAAUAAUGAUUAAAUUAUUUAAGAUUGA